UUUUUUUUUUUUUACUUUUAAAAAAAAAAAAAUCAUGAAAAUCUUGGAAAAUACGAAUUUUGUCAAUUUUCAUUAUUUAUUAACAAUUAUAAUAAUAAUGUUUAUGGCUUCUUUACAUAAUCUUAUUAAAUCGAUCCUUAUUUAUCAAGUGAAUACUUCAAAAUCAUUAAAUACGAUAAAAAUAGUACUAAAUUUAUGUGGACUCGCUUUCGGUAUAACCAAUAUUGGAAUACUUUUCACAAAAAUUAAUAUGUCUUUAACAAAAUGUUUUGCUGUCACAUAUUUACAAAUGAUAACCAAUUUCGCUUUCACGGAAUUGAUCAUGAUUUACAUAAUCUGGAAAUUAAGACAAUUUGGAAAUUUGAAAGAUCGAUUUGGUUAUUUAUUACUUUUAAUGAGAAGUUUAUUAUUCAUUAUAUACAUCUCAUUAUUAAGACCACAAAUAACAUUUGAUGGUGAAUGUGAUAAUAAUGUGAAUAAUGGAAGAAUAUUUCUUUUAGCAGCAACUAUUACAGAUCUUCUAAUAGAUAUAUAUUUUAUAUUUCAUUUAAUUCAAUAUAUAAGAAAAUUUUUAAAAUCCAAUCAAAACAUUCCAAAAAAUUCAAUAAUAUGGAAUGCAUUACUUAUAUCUUUAGCAACAAUACAACAUAUUAAUAUCAUAAUAUUAAGUGUUCCAAUUGUCGGAUACGCAAUACAAACCUUUGUUUUUGUUACCUUAUCAUAUUUAAUAACAUUUGACGUAGAAAAAUUAGAUAAUCCAACACCAACUAGCGAAGGGAGUUUAGAAAACGAUUUAGAAAGGACAAGGCCAUCAAGUAACAUUUCAAUUAUCAGUGAAGACGUUGUGUUAAGAGCCUCUAACGGAAUGUUGGUAAAUAUGUCCCUUAAGGAUGUUCGGAAUGAAAUUAAGAUGGAACAGGGUUAUAAUAUUGAGAGGAUAGACUCAAAUGAGGAGGUUGGAAUUUCACAACAGCCCGUAACAUUUUAUGAAGUAAUGUCAAUGUUUUUAGGAAAGAGUGAUAAAAGACAAUCAAUUUAAUAGAAUCUGCAGUGCAGUGUAGUGCAGUUUUUUCACAUCGUAAAAAAAAAAAAAAAAGACUUUUAUAUAUUUUUUAAUUUACGAACUCACUUUGUUUAUAGAUGUAAAAAAAAAAACAUUUUUCAAAUUAUUUUCCACUUUCAAUUUUUAUUUUUUAGUAAAAUAAUAUAAUAAAAUAAAA